AUGUCAAAUGAACUCUCGUCAGUGGAUUGCUCGGAUUCUCAGUUCUUAGUGUCUUCGGAGAAUAAUUCAGGAUUUAAUAUUUGUGACUCGAAAGAUGCUGGCUCACCAAGAAGAUGUACCGCCCGAUUUCAGAGGCCAACAGCCUUAUUGAGCGAUAGGCACCGAUCGGAAUCUCCAGCUACUCGUUCAAAGAGUCGACAAAACGAUGUGGGUGCUAAUCACAAUCAAAAUCACGAUAGGUAUGACUUCGAGUCAUUGCAAAGAGAAAUUGCUAAAAGGAAUGGAGUUCUCACAUUCGGAAACAAAGUUUUGCAUGCAAAAACGGAUGAUUUCGUAAACGAAGGCUGUUUAGGUUCUGGAACGUGUAGUUCUGUAUAUAAAAUGAGGCAUCGUUCCAAAACUAACAUAGUAAUGGCCGUCAAGCAAAUGCGCGUGUCAUCUACAUAUGAAGAAGAGAACAAGCGUAUAAUGAUGGAUUUAAACAUUGUUACCAAAAGUUUCGAUUGUGCUCACAUUGUUGAGUGCUAUGGUAUUUUUUUCUCUGGGGGAGACGUUUGGAUAUGCAUGGAAGUUAUGUCAACUUGUUUAGACAAGCUCUACCAUGAUCUUCAUCGCCCGUUUCCUGAAAGAGUGUUGGGGAAGGUGACUGUUGCUAUUACCACUGCUCUGGAUUAUUUGAAAAGGAAACAUAAUGUAAUGCACAGAGGUAAUGAUGAAAUUCCACUAGGUUGUAGACGUCAAACCGUCUAA